AUGCAGGCUCGCAUCAACGUUGAUAACGAUGAACACCUCGACUCCGACUCCGGUCUAGACAGCGACAUCGACGAUCUACUACUUAACAACAACGCAAUUAAUGAAGACAAUGAAAAACACAACCAAGAAGAGGAAGAAUUCGGAGAAUUCGUUGACUUACCACUAAGGAAAGGAGAAAAAGGCGAGGACGAAGAAUUCGGAGAAUAUGUUGAGUCCCCACUAGUAACAAAAGGCGAAAGAAUUGAAGGAAUAGAUGAACCAGACACGCCCUCAGGGCGAGAAGUUCAGGAAAUUGCAGAUCCCGGAUAUCUAAGCCGCGGCACACCCGCAGAUACGCUAGAUGAACUAAGGGACGACUCAGAUCCGUUCGGCAUCGAAGCUCUAGAACGACAAGGCGUGACGCAUACCAGUGGUUACCUCCUUCCUAAAUAG